AUGACAUUCCACAUGACAGGGCUGCUCCUGCUACCAGGACCUGUCAACAAAGAACUGCAGAGAGAUAACUACACCUGUAUUUUCAUAACAUUUGGCAUGCAAUUGCUAAAAUACUAGUAAAAUGCGAUUCGUCUCGACUUAUUGAAUACGUAUUAUAUCGUCUGUUGCUAAAAGAGGUGUAUAACGAUGGCGGAAGUGGAGGAUCAGGAGAGGAAGUCCAGCGAGGAGUUCACAGAUGAUUCUGAGGAGGAAGAGAGCGAGGAGGAGCCCAAGCUGAAGUACGAGCGACUGUCCAAUGGCGUGACAGAGAUUCUUCAGAAAGAUGCGGCCAGCUGCAUGACCGUCCACGACAAGUUCUUGGCUCUCGGGACUCACUUCGGGAAGGUGUUCCUGUUGGACGUUCAGGGGAACGUCACACAGAAGUUUGAAAUCAGCUCCGUGAAGAUCAACCAGGUCAGUCUGGACGAGAGCGGAGAGAACGUGGGCAUCUGCUCUGAGGACGGCAAGGUCCAGGUGUUUGGCCUGUAUACCAGGGAGGGCUUCCACGAGAACUUCGACUGUCCCAUCAAGGUGGUGGCGCUGCAUCCACAGUUCAGCAAAUCCAACUACAAACAGUUUGUCACUGGGGGGAGCAAGCUUCUGCUGUACGAGAGGAACUGGCUGAACCGCUGGAAGACGUCUGUUCUCCACGAGGGAGAAGGAACCAUCUCCAACAUCCAGUGGAGAACUAACCUCAUCGCCUGGGCUAACAAUGUGGGUGUGAAGAUCUAUGACAUCAGCACCAAGCAGCGCAUCACCAACGUGCUGCGGGACGACGUGAGCCUCAGACCGGACAUGUACCCCUGCAGCCUCUGCUGGAAGGACAACCAGACCCUCAUCGUGGGCUGGGGGAAGUCGAUCAAGAUGUGUGCCGUGAAGGAGAGAAACCCGACUGAGCUGCGAGACCUUCCCAGUCGCUACGUGGAAAUAGUGUCGGCGUUUGAGACAGAGUUCUUCAUCAGCGGUCUGGCACCUCUGGCUGACCAGCUGGUCACACUGUACUUCGUCAAGGAGAACGCAAAACAACUGGAAGAGGAGGAGGAGUUCCGUGCGCGGCCUCGUCUGGACAUCAUCCAGCCGCUGGCGGAGAGCUGUGAGGAGAUCUCCUCAGACGCUCUGUCGGUGCGCAACUUCACGGACAACGAGUGUCGUGACUACCGCCUGGAGCAUGCUGAGGGAGAGUCUCUGUUCUACAUCAUCAGUCCUAAAGACAUCGUGGUGGCCAAGGAGAGGGACCAGGACGACCACAUCGACUGGCUACUGGACAAGAAGAAGUACGAGGAGGCCCUGAUGGCAGCAGAGAUCAGCUUUAAGAACAUCAAGAGACACGACGUGCAGAAGAUCGGCAUGGCCUACAUCAACCACCUGGUGGAGAAGGGGGACUAUGACACUGCUGCCAGAAAAUGCCAAAAGGUUCUUGGUAAAAACAUGGAGCUGUGGGAGAAUGAGGUGUACCGGUUCAAGACCAUCGGCCAGCUGAAGGCCAUCAGCCAGUACCUGCCCAGGGGCGAUCUACGUCUACGACCAGCCAUCUAUGAGAUGAUCCUCCAUGAAUUCCUCAAGACCGACUAUGAGGGCUUUGCCACGCUGAUCCGGGAGUGGCCGGGGGAGCUGUACAACAACAUGGCCGUCGUCCAGGCGGUGGGAGACCAGCUGAAGAAGGACCCCACCCACCGCACGCUGCUCACCACCCUGGCUGAACUGUACACGUACGACCAGCGCUACGACCGGGCACUGGAGAUCUACCUGCGGCUGAGGCACAAAGACGUGUAUCAGCUGAUCCACAAACACAACCUCUUCGCCUCCAUAGAGGACAAGAUCGUUCUGCUCAUGGACUUUGAUAAAGAGAAAGCCGUGGACAUGCUCUUGGAUAACGAAGACAAGAUAUCGACGGACCGAGUGGUGGAGGAGCUCAGGGACCGACCGGAGCUGCUCCAUGUGUACCUCCAUAAGCUGUUCAAGCGCGACCACCACAAGGGCCAGCGGUACCACGAGCGACAGAUCGGCCUCUAUGCCGAGUACGACCGGCCCAACCUGCUGCCCUUCCUCCGGGACAGCACCCACUGCCCUCUGGAGAAGGCUCUGGAGAUUUGUCAGGAGAGGAACUUUGUGGAGGAGACGGUCUUCCUGCUCAGCCGGAUGGGGAACUGCAGGCGGGCACUGCAGAUGAUCAUGGAGGAGCUGGGCGACGUGGACAAGGCCAUAGACUUCGCUAAGGAGCAGGACGACUCUGAGCUGUGGGAAGACCUCAUCUCGUACUCCAUAGACAAACCACCAUUCAUCACGGGUCUGCUGAAUAACAUCGGGACCCACGUGGACCCCAUACUACUGAUCCACCGCAUCAAGGAGGGCAUGGAGAUCCCCAACCUCCGGGACUCCCUGGUCAAGAUCCUGCAGGACUACAACCUCCAGAUCCUGCUGAGAGAGGGCUGUAAGAAGAUCCUGGUGGCUGAUUCCCUGUCCCUGCUCCAGAAGAUGCACCGCACCCAGAUGAGGGGGGUCCGUGUCGACGAUGAGAACAUCUGUGAGGCGUGUCAUGGGACCAUUUUACCGUCAGACAUGGCCCAGCCCUUCAGCGUGGUGGUCUUCAACUGUAGACAUAUGUUCCACAAGGAGUGUUUACCUUCUUCCGGAACCAUUCCUGCAGUCCAGUUCUGCAACAUCUGCAGUGCCAAGAAGAGAGGUCCUGGGAGUGGAAUACUCGACAUGAAGAAGUGAUAGUUGCUCAAGCUAAUGCUAAUUCUACUGCUAAGGCUAAUGAUAAGUCUACCCCUACCAACAGUAUUUAUAUUGUUAAUACCAUUGAUUUUACCUCCACACACUGCGUCCUUUCAUGAAUAAAGACCAUAAUAAAUCUGGUGUAGACUUAAACUAUUGCAGAUCAUUUUUUAUUAGGGUUUUAUGUUACUAAACCGUUGCACUAUGUGAUGCUUGUUCUUUCUGCUUGCCUUAACUUAUGUAUGUAUGCAAUGACUGCAAGUUGCAGAAUAAAGAUUACAAAAAAUGCAAAAAA